CUUUAGUUAGCGAAUAUCCCACCGUAGCGCUCAUAUCCUAUUGUGAUUUAGAUGCUUAGAUCAUUUUCAUUCUGGGACGUCAGCCUUCUAAGAUCGCAGCACAUGCGCAGAUUGUUUUUGAACAGAUGGUGCUUCCGUUGCACAGCCAACUUCACUCCUAUUUGUCCAGUCAUCUGUUUGUGUUUGUAUACAUCUUAUUAUGCAACGUUGAAUUAUACAAAUAUGCCCUAGAUUCCGUAUCAUUGGUGUGAUAAAGAGUUUCUAUGGACUGACAAGUGCAAAGACUCUUCUAAACAGAACAUGUGAUUCACAAAUCCAACGUUGCCCGGGUAUUUGACGUCGCGAUGCAUUUGUUUUAAACAAAAGUGAGGUUAGGAUUCGCGAUUUUAUUAAGCAAAAUCCGUGUUAGGAGCAUUAUGAAAGUGAUUUUCUUUACAAACUAUCAUGUUUGUAGCCAUUAAAGCGAGCUGAGGGCUGUAACUGUGUUCAUGAAAGUGUGUUUACGUUUUAUUUUGGUGGUGUUGGUUCGGAGUGAAGCUAGGCGCGUAACCGUCCAAUAUUUUCCGCGGGAUAUCAGCUGGAAGUGGCGGGACAACAUGAAAUGUCUUUUUAGUAUGGCGGGAUACCGAGGGUACCGGGACAUUUCUGCUUGGUUAUGUGAACGGUACACGUAGGAAAAAAGUUGCAGAUUUUCGUUAACCUGAUAGAUGAAACUUUAAAGUUCAUAUUUAUAUUAAAAAAGCUUAUUAAAUUCUCGUACUAAUCAUAUAAUUUCGCCGGAAAGGUGGAGUUACGGAAAAUCUAGUGUGCCUGAAGAAAAAUUUAUUUUCACGUAAAUUAUAAAUGCCUUUUUAAAAAUAGCAUCAAGGAAGACUGAACUUCGAAGUAAGUAUAUUCUAGUAAAUUUUAAUAAAACAAAAAGAAAAAUGAGUCAUCAUAAUCCUGAUGAUAAGAUGAAAGCAGGUUCCUCUGAUAUGGAACAGAAUAAAACUGCAGAAGCCCUCACCGGAGAAUUUGAUGAAGGACAAUAUGCUGCUACUAGCAAACUUCCCUUCCAAGACCUGCUCAAAAUCCACCACAAACAAACUGUAUGGGGCUUCAAGUUUGGCCAGGAGGUGCGCGAGAGCACCCUGGCGCGCGACAAGAAUCUUCGAGACUCACCUGAUGCUAGUACCCCCCUGACUGAGAUAAAAAGCAAUGUGGACACUACUGAUGAUGCCACAAGUAUCAUGGAGAGAGAUCACAAGACUCCACAUUCAAGAAGACGAACUGGAACUGGCAGGAGUAGCAAGAGAAAGAGUACUGCCAGGCAGACUGAUUUUAUGUCUCCGCAGAAGACGCGAAGAGCCCCGUUGCCCCUAAUGGAUUGGGCUGACUCUAAAGAGGUAUGGCUGUUUAUGGUGUACAAAGAAGAAGCAUCCCUAAACUUGAGGAAUCCCUGCCUCUUUGAAGAUUACAGUAACUUUAUGCCAAGAAUGCGUACUAUAUUAUUAGAUUGGGUUAUGGAAGUAUGUGAAGUUUAUCGCCUCAGGAGAGUCACAUACUACCUCAGCGUGGAUUACUUUGACAGAUUUUUGUCAAUACGGCCAGACGUCCCAAAAAACCAGCUUCAACUUGUAGGUGUCACCUGUCUUUUCCUCGCCUCAAAGUUAGAAGAAGUCUAUCCCCCAAAACUAUCCGAAUUCUCUUACGUUUGUGAUGGUGCCUGUACCCCAGAUGAAAUUCUAGCCUGCGAAUUGCUGAUUCUGAAUAGUCUGGGAUGGGACCUGAACAUAAUGACACCCAGUGAUUGGCUGAAUCUCUACAUGCAGAUACAUUUCCAAGCACCAAAAGUCACCAGACAAAAGCUUCAUGUUGAUAUGAAUAGAGAGUUUUUCUUCCCGCAAUACUCAGGAUAUCAGUUCACAAGAGCAUCUCAGUUACUAGACAUCUUCAGUCUGGACCCAGGUUUCCUCAAAUUCAGCUACAGCACCAUAGCGGCCGCAGCAAUGUAUUUCAUGUACGGAAAAAGAGCGUCUCUACAAGCCUCUGGUUUGACCUGGCCUCAGCUUCAACCUUGUGCAGAAUACAUGGCAGUAUUUUACCAUGUGAUAAGAGAUUCCCCUGAUCCAAGGUUACAGUCCUGCAAAGCUGAAAGCAAUGAUGAAUCUGCUAUGGCAAUGUUGGAUAAUAUCAGGUGUAAGGUAAAGAAUUUAGUAAAAGAUGAAAACCACUCCCUCCAAACGCAUGUUGUGAACAUGGAACAUUUUGAAAGGUCUGCCAUCAUUCGUCUAGAACAAAUGGGUCUAAAAGUAGAACGCACAUACGUCAAAAAGAAAGACAGCAAAACCAUAGAAAAAAUAGACAACGACGACGAAGGAACGAAAGAUUGCAAUGAAGAUUACAAGCUCAUCUGCAUGUAUGAAUUAGAAAAACUGACAUGUGAUGCAGAACCUUUGAAUGGUGAAGACAUCAAUAUAGUUCAGCCUACCACUUCAGAUGCUGAUUUGAUCUUGCCAGAUGAUAACAGAGGGCUGUUCAGUUUUGAUGAGAUUCUAGAAGGUAUAGUGAAAUGCAACAAGAAAAAUAUUCCUGUACAGUUAGCUACUAGUGAGGAAAUCGAUGAACAAACCAGUCAAAGCGAGUAAUAGGAAUUUUUGAAAAUUUUGGUAAUCGGGGUUGUACCUUUAGUAAGAAAUUGACAGCUGCACAGUGAACUGGGAUCCUAAACCACUGGGCAUGUCCUCAAAAUAAUGAGGAACAUGUUUUAAUUGUUUCAAACGUGUAUUAAGACACUUUUGAUGUAGAACUGCAUUAUUUUGGCAAUACUACUACAUUCGUUUGCUUUCUAUCCUGACAAUGUGGCACAGUAAUGUUGGUCUGGCCAAUAACAGACUGAUUGAAAAUGAUAUUUACAUAAUAGGUAUAAUUAUACUUAUCUAUUAUUUCUUGAAUUGCAUAGUUUUAUUCUUAUUCAUACAAAGUACUAAGCUCAAAACAUGGAAUUUUACCACUGGUUAAAUUUAAUGGGAAUUUGUACUGUUAUAGUUGUGCUGAUCAAAAAUAUUCCAAUGGCACAAAGCCCAGAAAUUGGACUUUCACUUUGGCGUUUCGUUUGUCCUCAAUAAUCAACUUUUUAUUAUGGAUUCUGAUUAAAAAAAUGUUUAGUAUACAUUGCUAUUGUCAAGCCAAAUGUAUAAGUAAUGCUAAUAUUUUCAUAGUUUAUUGCAUAUUUAUCUGAUUAAAUCUACAAUGCUUCAGUUUUUGAGGAGCAUGCUUAAAAGAUAUGCAGAUACUUGGCCCAUUUAUCGACUAUAACAAUCGUUAUUUUAGCAGCGCUCCACAUAAACCUCAGCCAUAGAUUAGUUUUGUCAAUCAAUGCAAGACAUUGCAUCAGUUUAGAUAUAGCUGAUAUCAAAUGUGUUUAGGAAGCUGCAAAAUACCGUCGACGCUUUUAAUUAAUCUAAAAUGUCUCUGUCAGUCACAUAAAUUGAUACUGUGUUCAAAGUUUUCAAUGCUACCAUCAAAUAAUAUGAAAACAUUUUUCAUUCGACGAGUUAAGACGAACUACAAAAAAUACUUUUUUUGGCAUUUGAAGUUUUAUAAUACCAUUCAUGUCACUGUAUCUUAUUAUUUUAGAAACAGAAUUAAAAACUCUGUUCACCUGUGCAAGAAUUAAAUCUGACGGCAAUAAAAAAAAGUAGUCGAUGAAUGAAGACAAGAGACGAAAUGUCAUAUUGAAAUUCUAAUUAUGCCAACCACUAGAGGAAAAAAAGUGGCAAUGAUAAUAUGCAAUUUAUUUUGAAGUUCCACUUCAAUAAGGCUAGGAAAAAUAUAACGAUUUUGGGAAAACUCGUCUCCAGGAAUACUCUGAAUUGCAAAUUUAGUGCCAUUUUCUUUGUUACCUGAACUCGCAACUUUGUUCCCGUUUAACUUCGUAUCCCUAAAUAGUACAGGCACGCAUACCCACAGGGCUAAGGCGCCAAUUUUUGACACCCUGUAUCUCAAGUAGAAAGCUUUUCUGAGCUUUGCACGCAUUGGAACAUCUGAUCAGCAUAUGACCAGUGGACAAAUUCCGUAUGUUUUGUGCUGGUACUUUACAACAUGCAAUUUUUACCAAAAAUAAGUAAAUAUGCUUUCAAGUAUAGUUUUAUAACUUAGAUCAAAUUGAACUGAAUUUUUGAUUACUGUUAUGGCAUCAUCUAACAUAAUUUUUUCUAGAAAUAGGAAGUGUUUCAGAUGAAAUUAUCCCAACUUUUUAAUCUCCAAAUUUGUGUUUUUCAUUAAUUUUCAAGUUGUGGUAUGUCUGUUAUACCAAAUUUUGGCCUUAUAGGUAAAUUACUUGGAAGUAAAAAAUGACCACAAAUAAGUUUUAUCGUGAAUAUAUCGUUUAUAUUUUCAUACGAUGAAAUUUAUUUAUUCUACGAUUACGUGAACUGUAUUUUUUUAUCAGCUUAGAACAAAAACUCGCCCAUUAAUUCUUGUUUUUAUUAGAAAAGGUACUUUUUUAACCAUGAUGCGCUACCUAAAUUAAUUUUAGUUUUCUGCAAUACUGCAUUUUAUUAUGUUAGGUAGCACAAACUCUUAUUGCUGCUUUUAUGAGUUUUUGCUUUGAACUGACAUUUUAUUUCUAGACUGACUCAAAUAAACAAGGUAUCUUUAAGACACCUUGGACAAUUAUACAGCUUGUAUGUUAAACAAAAGUAUUUGAUAAUGCUUAAUGUCCUAUUUGUAUAUUCUUAUCACAUAAAAGUGCUUUGAUUUUGUUAUAUCUGAUCGUUAUCAAAUAUUUUUCCUAAGAACUGCCUUUGAAAUGUGAUCUAUCAUUACUUCACUGCACUUACUAGUAUUUCUAAGUAGAAAAUGUAAAUAUUUAUUGUAAAAAGUGAUCUCUGUUAUUAAAAUAGAAAUAUAUAGGUACUAGAGUGAUGAGAGU